UGCGGUUUUCAAGAUGAGCAGGAUGAAAAAAAUUUCAUGAUUGAGCUUUGCAAGAAAGAUAAGGUUUCCACUCUCAAAUCUUCUGUUAAAACUUUAUUAUCAAAUCAGGGUUACCAAGCUCUCUCCCUCAACUUCGACCUCUAUGUUGAAGAUAAACUCAUGGAAUCAACCAAAGAGAUCUCUAAGUAUUUUGAUAAGCCUCUUGUUCAGGAUCAA